AUGUUCGCUUGUGAACGCCGGGAACUCGUGGUGUACUUGUACGGCGCCACCAUCGCGCAGUGGCUCAAAAGUGACGGGACAGCGACAUUUUACGACGGACCCGACCACCUAUACGAGGCUGGGUUCCCUCUCCGGACCGGUGUGUCACUCCACUUCCCGCAGCACCGAGAGGGGAUGCUGCCAGAACACGGAUUUGCGGACUGCAUGAUGUGGGAGGUGGUCGGCGCGGGUUUUGACUGCCCCGAGAUGUUGGAGCAGCUGGAGGAUUACUUAGACUUCUUGCAGGGACAUGGCCUAGUGACGGAGGAGAUGCUGCUAGCGGCCAAAGAGGGAGGAGAAGCAGCUGAGGCCGUGCGAGCGGCUCUAGCCAACGAGCCACCCCCCUCCCACGUGGUGGACACGGACUUGUCGCCCUGCAUAACAUUAAGGUUGCGAGAUACGACGGAGACACGGCAGUUGUGGCCACAUAAGUUCGAGCUGCUGUACAAGAUCACGUUAAUGACCCAAGACGUGACGGCCGAGGACUGGAGGGACAUUAGGAUUAGCCAGGGACUCGACCCCGACGAGGACGAUGACGACGGUGAGGAGGACGACGAGGACGAGGAGGAGGACGGCGAGGGUGAGGGCACGGAGGAGGAUGUGCUUGUGGUUGGCAGGCAGGCGAUGGGCGACGAAGACGAGGAGCAGGGGGACGACAAGGCGCUGGACGGCGAGGGCGAUGAAGCGCAGGGUAGCCCGGGGAGAAAGCGGCAGGGCCGGUCGGGAAAGCAGGCGGGCACCUCGAGCAGCCAGAGGGCUGCUACGGGUGACGCCAACGCCGAGGACGAUGACGAGGCUGAAGAGGAUUACGAUGAUGACAGCUAUGACGACGAUGAGGGAGUGGAGACGGAGCCGGGCACGGUACGGCCGGAGCCGUACCUUCCUGCAGUACAAAUCAAGCAGGAGUUCUGGGUUCGGAACUUAGACGUGCCCGGAUCCGCGCCCAUGCGCUUCAACCUCGCGUCGUUGGCUCGCUUCGUGACGUUGCAGCAGCCCCAGUGCAGCGAUUGGAUCAAAGUGCUCGGCCUGGGAGGUAGUCAGGUUUUUGACUACACCAUCGACCCGCGACACCCCGAGCUGUCCCUCAAUGAGGAGGAUUACCUUCACUACCGGGGCCAGCCGGUGGAUGUGACGUACAUCGGUGCCGCGGAGGCCACUGUAUACUUGUGUCCCGGCAACCGCACUCACUUUGAGUUCAUUCAGCGAGCGGGCUUCAGGGACAUGUUUGUGCAGCAGCCAGCACUAGCCGAGGAGCCCGACUACGAGCGAGUGGCCACGAUGGGAACUGGCUACGUGGCGUCCAGCAAAAAGCUGGAGGCUGGAGGCGAGUGGUACGCGCAAUCCGUCAUCCGCUUCCACGAGCGCUACUGGCGGCCGCCCAUCUUCGGGGAUGAUUCGAUGCCACCUCUGCCGCCCAUCUCCCAGGAGCUGUUGUCUGAGUCGGCGGAUGGGGAUGAGGGCGAGGCCGGGGAUGCAUACGAGGGCCUGCCAAGCGACCCGUCAGAUUUGACACCCGAGCGGGAGGAGUAG